GUGCGUAUACGCCUCUUCUGCUAUUGGGCAGGUCUAAGCGGAAGAGGCGGAGCUUGGGAGGCGGGAAGGAAGAAUGGAGACGUCCUUCUUUCCCUUGCAGACGAGCGGCCAGUUGCAAGCUACAUGAAGUCCAGAUGAAACGGAAGGGCAGAAGUCCUGCAGAGCAGCCGCAGGAGGCUUGUGGCAUCUGGCUGGAUACUUUGGCCCUCAAAAAAAGUAAAAUGCAGACCCUAAUAGCUAAGCCAACAUUACGCAUGCAGAGCAGACCUUUGCCGUACCCUGCUCUGGAAAAAGUACCUCUUCCCUUCACUAAGCAAACCAGCAUUUCCACUUUCUUCUGCUCUCAACCAGUAGGUGAAAAGAAAGCCAAUGCAAACACAGAGCUAUCAGGUGCUGCAUCGAAAGGCGACUGCAACCUGCAAGGACGUGGAACGCUUGAAGGCGACAGAAGCCAGUUGGCAGUCUCAUCAUUUCCACCGCUUCAGGAGUUCAAACGUGUACAACAUCAUGCCCGUUGGACCUGUGCUCAGAAUAACAGUGGACGGCUGGAUCAAGCUAAGGGGGAGAAAUGUACCACAGAAGAUGACAACUUAGACUGCACUCAGCACCCGGAAGCAAAUGGGGUUAUUGAGCAUACUGCUGUUUCCAGAUCACCUCUGAAAGACAAAAAUGGUGGCUGGAGAACAUCCAGCACCGUGUAUUCUCAGACUAGCCAAAACCUGAAGGUUCUGAGAAGAGGCAGAACUUGUUCCUCCUACAGCAAGAGCCACUUGAGUGAUUCCUCAAAUUCUGAGAACACUGAUCCUCAGCUGGAGAGAAGUGGCGCAGCCAUGAAACUGAAAGGCUUUAACCAAAACAUGAUAGGAAUUCCCUCAGAAACAGUCAUGGCUCCUUGCGUUUCUGAUAAAGGGCCCAAGGACAGCCAGCUAGGAUGUACCCCUUCCUUGUUCAGUCAAGACUCGGAGGGUCGCAGAGUAAUUUCUCACCGCUUUUCUGGUGAGCGAGGCAACCUUUGUUUGCUGAAGCAGCCUUUGUGGGACAAAAGCGAUCGAGGAACCAGCCCAGCCUAUAGAGACUGCUUGGGGGCUUGUUUUCCUGCAGAAAGUGGGCCGCAGCUACACCCAGGAGCAGAAAUUAGUCUGAAUUCAUGUUACGACUUGCUAUUCACAGAGGAUUCGGAAGGCAAUAGAGUCAUUAAACACUGACUUAUAAUUGCUCAGUGCGAUGCAGGCCUAGUAAUGCUUGUGGUAUUCAGGUUUGAAACAAAAUGGACACUGUAAAUAUAAGCGCUUCGUGAUUAUUAAUUAUUAAAUAAAGGGAUGUUGUUUUGAAGGAA